AUGCAGCAUUCGCCCAGAAGGAGUCCUCGACUAAACGAGAGAGAGGAUAUCGUGACGCAAAUGGAUGGCAGCGUAUUGGUUCCGCAACCGAGCGCAGGGACGCCGCAAGAUGGCGGCCGAAGCAGUAAAGCGCCGGUGUCAUCUGCUCAGCCGGCAGCAUCUGGAGCCGCCAACAAACCGAAGGUGGCCGACCUCUUGGAGAGGAUCGCCGAGCUGGAGAAGGAGUUGAAACGCGCUCGCAGCAGUAACGUGCAGCGCACUGACCCCGUUAUGUCGAGUGAGGUUGGGGACUACUCACGCAUCGCCAUUUUUCGCUACCGGCACUACGGUUCCAGCGCAUGGCUUCGGGCUACACAACGAAGCGGCCGGCGGAACAUCAGUACGAGCGCCUUCUCCUGGAUACGGUGUUGGGCGACGAGUAUUGGAGGAAAUGCAAGCUGGGCCCCACGAAAGCUUCCUGAGCUGCCUACGUUUGGAGGGAAGCCAGAGGAUUGGCCCAUCUUCUAUUGCGCGUUUACGGAAACGACGCAAGCAUAUGGUUGUACGGACUUGGAGAACAACCAAAGGCUACUGAAGGCGUUAAAGGAUGACGCGCGUGAGACGGUCAAGGCGCUGUUGAUUCACCCCAGCAAUGCGAAUGCAGCGAUGGAGCAGCUGCGUUUCAGAUAUGGACGACCAGAGCAACUAAUACGCAGCCAGCUCAACAGCCUUCGAGAUUCGGCGAAGGCAGAGCAGCACCUGGGUAACCCUACCCUGAUGGAAGACCUUGUGGCCAAGCUCCCGAUAAGCAAACGAGUGGAGUGGGCAAGGCACGCUUUAACUAUUCAGCCCUUUCCGACUAUUGUGGAUUUUAGUUCGUGGUUGAUGGAACUAGCGAACGUGGUCUGCAUGGUGGCGGACAUUGAUGGAAAGGAGCCAAGGCGUCGAUUGCUUCAUGCCAGCAUCGACCAUGAGCAGGACGAGCAACAGGAGAGCUGCCUCAGGAAUUGUCCAAUAUGCGAAGGCCUUGGACAACAUGCAGUUUGGGACUGCCAAAGAUUUAUUGGAGCCACGACUACAGACAGGUGGAGGCUCGCAAGAAGACAUCGCUUGUGCUUCAUGUGCUUGCAAAGCGGGCAUAUGACUGGAUCGUGCGCUACGUCAGGAGAGUGCCCCAUGAAUGGAUGCAGGAGGAAGCAUCACCGUCUUCUUCAUGAGGCAAGCAAUGAAGGCUUCAGGAGAUCGCCACAGCGAGGCGGCCAUUGGAGAAGCUACAACCGGGACCGACAGGCAGUCGAACCUAGGGAAAGCGUCCGGUUCAAUGAAGGAGCAGCGUCAUCCGUGGAUGCUCCUGCGACGCCGGAAAGGAAUUUGAGCUGUGUCGACGAGGACCGAGAACGACUACUGUUCCGUAUAUUGCCGGUGACGCUAUACGGAGGUGGGAAGCAGGUGGAUACGUACGCUCUCCUGGACGAAGGUUCUUCGGUGACGAUGAUCGACAAAGAGCUGGUUGCAGAGCUAGGCGUACAAGGAGUACGUCGUCAGCUGAACAUUCAAUGGUUCGGAGGCAUGGCCGCAAGAGAGCCGUCGAACGUGGUACGUCUGCAGAUUAGUGAAGCAGGCAACUCUUCCCGACAUGUGCUGAGAAACGUGUAUGCCGUUCCGAAACUGAGUUUGCCGAUGCAGAGCCUGCACAGAAGAGAUGUCAGGAGCGUGAACAAGUACGCUCGAUUACCGAUGAAGCCCUACGAAAAUGCAGUGCCGAAGCUACUUAUUGGAUUGGAUCAUGGGCAUUUAGGAUUGCCAUUGAGAACGAGACGCUUCGCCAGAGAGGGACCGUACGCCGCCGCAACCGCAUUAGGAUGGGUCGUUUUUGGGCCUGUAGAAGGACGACGAGACACGCCAUCACCGCACCCUUGUCUGCUAGCCACGUCGUUGGAUAAUAAUGUGGAACGGAUCGUCGAGGACUACUUCGAGAUCGAGAACUUCGGUGUGAAGGCGGCGCCAGCGGCCGCAGCCAGCGACGACGUGAGGGCUCAGAAGAUCUUGGAGGACACUACGGUGCGAGUUGGCCGCCGAUACCAGACGGGAUUACUGUGGAAAACGGAUAACAUCGUGCUGCCUCGUAGUUAUGAUAUGGCGUAUAAUAGGUUGGUCAAUAUCGAAAAGAAAAUAAAGCGAGAUGGGCAGUUCGCCCAAGAGUACUCACGGAUUAUCAAUGAUUACGUCGUCAAGGGAUACGCUCGGCGUCUGGAGCGACAGGAGAUCGCUAUGGGAGGCGAUAGGAUAUGGUACUUGCCACAUUUUGGAGUGGAGAAUCCCAACAAGCCAGGAAAGAUUCGAUUGGUAUUCGAUGCAGCGGCACGAGUUGGAGAAGUAUCGCUGAAUUCUGCGCUGAGCAAGGGGCCGCAACACUAUAAGGCCUUGGCAUCUAUCCUCUUCCAUUUUAGAGAAGGUGCUGUCGGAGUCUGCAGUGACAUUAAGGAAAUGUUUCACCAGGUGCUGAUCCGACCCGAAGAUAGAUGUGCGCAACGAUUUCUGUGGAGAGAUGGGGAUAACCAACGAGACCACGACGUUUAUGAAAUGUGCGUGAUGACCUUUGGAGCCCCAUGCUCACCGAGUGCGGCUCAUCACGUGAAGACAGCGAAUUCCAAGCGAUUCCAGGAUUCGGAUCCCAGAGCAGUCAAGGCCAUCGAGGACUACCACUACGUGGAUGACUACGUGGACAGCUUCGCCACAGAGAGGGAAGCUAUCGAAGUAUCUACUAGAGUAAAGGAGAUACAUGCAGAAGGCGGUUUUGAGCUUUGCAAGUUUUCGUCUAGUUCGCCUACAGUAGAGAGGAUGCUCGGACCCAGUGACCACGCCCAGAGUAUUGGAUGGGGUGAAGCCGAGCAAAAGAUUUUGGGAAUGCGGUGGCAGCCAGCCACGGACGACUUCAGGUUUCGAGUGAAGUACCGAAAAGUUGCCCCCAUCGUAUCCGAUGGGAAGAGAAUUGCCACAAAAAGGGAAUUCUUGAGUAUGGUCAUGUCAACGUUUGACCCCUUGGGAUUUCUGUGUUGCCUAAUGGUAACAGCGAAGUUGCUGUUGCGAGAAGUCUGGAGAAAGAGGAUCUCAUGGGACGAGCCACUACCGGCUGAGAUGUACAACGCCUUUAUGGAUUGGCGUAAGGAAAUGGAUAAAGUGGAAAACUUUCGGAGCCCACGUCACUAUUUUGGAUCUGGACUGGUGAAGACUAUCGAGAUGCACGUUUUCGUGGAUGCGAGUCAGUCGGCAUUCGCGGCAGUGGUCUACUGGAGAAUCACGUAUGAGGACGGCGACGUGCAAGUGAAGUUCGUGUGCGCAAAGACAAAGUGUGCACCUAUGCGAACGAUGACGAUUCCACGGUUGGAGCUGCAGGCAGCAGUUCUAGGAACGAGAUUGAUGGACACAGUCAGGCAGGACCAUAGUGUUCCCAUUGCAGAGAUUGUGCUAUGGACGGAUUCAAAGACAGUGCUGCGUUGGAUUGGCAGCACGCACAGGCGCUACAAACAGUUCGUAGGGAACAGAGUGGCUGAGAUUCUGGAGUCAACGAAGGUGGCCCAAUGGAGAUGGCUACCGUCCGCCGACAACGUGGCGGAUGAUGCGACUCGGGCGCAACGCAGCGUAGACCUGAGCGAGGAGUCACGCUGGUUAAAAGGACCGGCAUUCCUGAGGAGAUCACCGAGUUGCUGGCCGGGAAGCGCACCUACCGACGAAGCGGACGCAGAAGAUGAAGAGGAAAUGCCGAGUGAGUUUAUGCUCGUUGGCACGAGUGACACGUUUAUAUCCUUGCAGAGAUUCUCAAGCUACAGGCGAUUGUUGAGGACUACGGCCUGGGUCCUAAGGUUCACACGUCGAUGCCGUGGACAACGAGACGAGCUUGAGAACUACGGCCUCACUGCAGCUGAGUGUGAAGCAGCUGAGGACUGGUUAGUCCGUAUAGCACACCGUGAGGCGUUCCCCGACGAGAUGCAGGCCGCCGAGAAUGGCCUGGAUGUCGCUAAAGGAAGCGACAAAUGUGGACUGGCGCCAUACCUAGAUGGCAAUGGAGUCCUGCGAGCGUAUGGCAGGAUUGAUGCGGCGCUAUGUUUGCCGUACAGCGCCAGGAGGCCUGUGAUCCUCUCCCACCGACACGGUCUCACGGAGAUGAUUGUGCACGAUGCCCAUGUGAGGAUGAAGCAUCAAAACGUGGAUGCUACGAUGACGGAAAUCCGGACCAGGUUCUGCAUUACGAGCCUGCGGAGAGUGCUUCGCAAUGUGAUCUCGGGAUGCAGCGAGUGUAAGCUGAACAGAGUACGACCGAUGGCGCCGAUUAUGGGACCUCUGCCAGAGGAUCGUUUGGAGGCCUAUGGCUGGCCGUUUAAGAGCACGGGCCUCGAUUACUUUGGACCACUGCUAGUGACCGUUGCUCGGCACCAAGAGAAACGAUGGGUGGCCUUGUUUACAUGCCUGACGACCAGGGCGAUCCACUUGGAACUAGCACAUGACCUGUUUACGGACUCCUGCGUAAUUGCGAUCAGGAACUUCAUCUGCCGUCGAGGGCCUGUACAUAGACUGCGCAGCGACAACGGCAAGAACUUCGUUGGAGCUGACAGGGAGGCCAAGAGAUUUGCGGAGAUCUUCGAGCCCGAGAGGAUCCAGUCGGAGCUGUCAAGUAAGGGCAUUGAAUGGAUCUUCAAUUGCCCAGCGAACCCUUCAGAGGGUGGAGUCUGGGAGCGAAUGGUGCAGUGCGUGAAGAGGGUGCUGCAUCAAACAGUGAAGGAAGUGGCGCCGAAGGAGCACGUAAUGAGGAGUUUCCCGAUAGAGGCGGAGAACAUUGUUAACUCUCGUCCGCUCACCCAUUUGCCAGUGAGUGCGGACCAGGAAGCCCCUCUUACGCCAAACGAUCUUCUCAAGGGAGCAGCUUGCCCACCGGAUACACCCGGCCUGAAUGGAGGCCUCAUUAAGGAAGGAGCUACGCGAAAGCAGUGGCGCGUGGCAAGGAUGCUGAGGGACCGUUUCUGGAAAAGGUGGGUCUUGGAGUACCUUCCCACGCUGACACGGAGAGAGAAGUGGUGCCGCAGAGAGAAGCCUAUUCAACGAGGAGACAUCGUCUUCGUUUGCGAUCCAGCCGUUCCGCGUCGAGACUGGCGGAAAGGCGUCGUGGAGGAGGCCUUUACUGGAACGGAUGGUGAGGUCAGACGAGCCCGCGUUAGGAUCAUGGAUGGAGAUCGGACUCGCUGGAUAAUGCGCCCCGCUUCAAAGUUGGCGGCUUUGGAUUUGAGUGAAGGGGUUCUUCACGGAGGUGGGGAUGUCGCGGAUCGAUUAUCGAUAGUUUAG